AGUCAUUCAUCAGCAGAUUCGCGGUGUAGGAGUCCCGCGUGACUUCAACGGGUCGCCGUAGGUUCCGGUUUGUCUGUGUGACGUAACGAAGGGCCAGAAGAAUUUUACAGGCAAGAUGGCGACUUCGGAGCCGCGAGGACCUGAAAGUGAAGAGGGCUCGAAUGACAGUCCCACACCAGUUGCUGCCAGUCCUGAACAGUAUAUUAAACAUCCUUUGCAAAACAGAUGGGCUCUCUGGUAUUUCAAAAAUGAUAAGAGCAAAAGCUGGACGGAAAACCUGCGACUGAUUUCCAAGUUUGACACAGUGGAAGAUUUCUGGGCGUUAUAUAACCACAUACAAAAACCUAGUAAGCUUGGAUAUGGCUGUGAUUACUGUUUAUUUAAGGAUGGGAUCAAGCCCAUGUGGGAGGAUGACAGGAAUAAACUUGGAGGGAGGUGGUUAAUGACGCUCAGCAAACAGCAGCGACACAAUGACCUCGAUUGCUACUGGAUGGAGACACUGUUGUGUUUAAUUGGCGAAUCUUUUGACGAAGCCAGUGAAGAUGUUUGCGGGGCAGUAGUUAAUGUUCGUCCAAAAGGGGACAAAAUAUCCAUCUGGACAGGCAACUGCCAAAACAGGGACGCUAUUAUGACGAUAGGGCAACAAUACAAAGAGCGCUUGAAUCUCCCCGUCAAAAACAUACUUGGAUACCAGUCCCACGAUGACACCUCUAGCAAAAGUGGCUCUACGACAAAGAACAUGUAUUCGGUUUGAAGAAGACUUUCAAGUUGUAGGUUUAUUAAAAUUACGAAAUUUGCAUCACAUUAUUAUGUUUAAGUUGUCAACUGCUGUAGAGUCCUUCCUUUAAAAAAAAAAAAAUAGAAAAAUGUCAAACGUGCAUUUGUAGUACUCCAUUCUAAACGAAACAAGAAUAUCUUCUGGUUUUGACCUGUGAGAGGGACGGCAUCGGCCGAAGCUAUACGAUUCACGCUAGAUGAUCUUAUAGAAUUCAGACAUUAUGCUAACUAAUAAAAGUGCCCUAGCUGAAAAGAUUUACAGUUUAGACUGAAAAGACACUGUUCUUUCCUUUAACCUUUGUUUUUUCUCAUGCUUUUUGAUUAUGAAAAGUGUUUUUUUUUGGGGGGGGGGGUUAAAUAGCCCAAAAACUAUGAACACAUGAAGAGCCGACAGCUUAACUCAUAAAUUUUAUGGCCCGCAACUAUUUUAACAUGCUUUAGUUAGAGGUGUUUGGCAUGAAACAUGAUUGCAGAGGCACCUGUAGAGAGAAUAUCAUAAAGGUUUGUAAAAAAAAAAAAAAAAAAGCGCUGCGGUUGCUCUCCAGGUUCGAGAUUCGGACGAGCAGCCGAUCGUUGUUUCAGCUACGCUGGAAUUGUGGAAUCUUGCUUGUGGACCUACUUUCACCUUUUGUGUUAGCCCCACAUCUAUUUAUGACGUACAAAUUGCAGUUGAGCUACUUAGUGCGAGGAUGACUUAAAAACCCAUUUCUGUUUUCCAUUAUUAUUAUUUUCCUUCAUUUGUUUUUUGAAGUUGUUUAGUAAUGUGGACUACUGCUUAAUAUAGAACAUUUUUACAGUGAAUUAUACAGUAAAAAAAAAAAACAA